UUCCUCCGAGCUAGGUCAUGGCGGCGGUGCGGCGCGGCGGGAACGAAGAUGGCGACCAGCACGUCGUCUUCGAGACGAGCGCCGGCGUCGAGGCGAUCACGCAGUUUGAGAAGAUGGGGAUCAACGAGAGCCUUCUCAGAGGUGUGUUUGAGUAUGGAUUCGAGCGGCCGUCGGCGAUCCAGCAGAGGGCGCUCAUUCCGAUCAUGAGGGGCCGGGAUGUCAUAGCUCAAGCGCAAUCCGGCACAGGCAAGACAUCCAUGAUCGGCAUUGCGGUGAAUCAGCUCAUUGACACUAGCGUGAGAGAGGUCCAAGCGCUAGUUCUCUCGCCGACACGCGAGCUUGCCGACCAGACUGCCAAGGUCGUUCUAACACUGGGCAGCCACAUGAACGUUCAAGCUCAUACGUGUAUCGGCGGUAAGAGUUUUAGCGAAGACAUUAGAAAGCUCGAGCACGGAGUUCAUGUCGUGUCUGGAACCCCGGGUCGUGUCUACGACAUGCUCAAGCGCCGGACUUUCAGGACGAGACACGUCAAGAUUUUAGUUCUGGACGAAUCAGAUGAAAUGCUCAGCAGGGGAUUCAAAGAGCAAAUCAUCGAUUGCUAUCGCUACUUACCUCCGGAUCUACAAGUGGUCCUUGUUUCCGCUACUCUACCGCAUGAGAUUCUUGAGAUGACCAACAAGUUCAUGACUGAUCCUGUUCGCAUCCUUGUCAAACGUGAUGAGUUGACGCUAGAGGGAAUCAAGCAGUUCUUCGUGGCUGUCGAGAAGGAGGAGUGGAAGUUUGACACGCUGUGCGACCUCUACGACACACUCACCAUUACCCAGGCCGUGAUCUUUUGCAACACGAAAAGGAAGGUGGAGUGGCUGUCGGAGAAGAUGCGGAGCAGCAACUUUACCGUGUCGUCGAUGCACGGAGAGAUGCCGCAGAAAGAAAGGGAUACCAUCAUGAAGGAGUUUCGUGAGGGACAAACGCGGGUGCUCAUCACAACCGAUGUCUGGGCUCGGGGUCUGGAUGUACAACAGGUCUCUCUGGUGAUCAACUACGAUCUUCCAAACAGCCGAGAGUUGUACAUUCACAGGAUUGGACGCUCUGGACGGUUCGGCAGAAAGGGAGUAGCGAUCAAUUUCGUGAAGAACGAUGACAUUCGAAUCCUCCGAGAUAUCGAGCAAUACUACAGCACACAAGUCGAUGAAAUGCCAAUGAAUGUGGCCGACUUGAUAUGAGCGAGGCGAAAGAAGCUUACACUACUUUAACAAACUGGGCUUCCUCUCUUUUGUAAUUUUACUGUGAAGAAUUUUGUACUAGUUAGAGCUAAA